AUGGAGUUCAGCUACAUGAAGCUGUGGCACGACUAUUUCGAUAAGGACCUCGUCUACCACUCCUGGAGAGCGACGGAGUUCAGCUACAUGAAGCUGUGGCACGACUAUUUCGAUAAGGACCUCGUCUACCACUCCUGGAGCACCAUCCGCUUCGCUGCUGGGCUUUAUCAUGAUGAUGACGCCAUCACCCUCAUCACAAGCCUUUAUCAUGAUGAUGACGCCAUCACCCUCAUCACAAGCCUUUAUCAUGAUGAUGACGCCAUCACCCUCAUCACAAGCCUUUAUCAUGAUGAUGACGCCAUCACCCUCAUCACAAGCCUUUAUCAUGAUGAUGACGCCAUCACCCUCAUCACAAGCCUUUAUCAUGAUGAUGACGCCAUCACCCUCAUCACAAGCCUUUAUCAUGAUGAUGACGCCAUCACCCUCAUCACAAGCCUUUAUCAUGAUGAUGACGCCAUCACCCUCAUCACAAGCCUUUAUCAUGAUGAUGACGCCAUCACCCUCAUCACAAGCCUUUAUCAUGAUGAUGACGCCAUCACCCUCAUCACAAGCCUUUAUCAUGAUGAUGACGCCAUCACCCUCAUCACAAGCCUUUAUCAUGAUGAUGACGCCAUCACCCUCAUCACAAGCCUUUAUCGUGAUGAUGACGCCAUCACCCUCAUCACAAGCCUUUAUCAUGAUGAUGACGCCAUCACCCUCAUCACAAGCCUUUAUCAUGAUGAUGACGCCAUCACCCUCAUCACAAGCCUUUAUCGUGAUGAUGACGCCAUCACCCUCAUCACAAGCCUUUAUCAUGAUGAUGACGCCAUCACCCUCAUCACAAGCCUUUAUCAUGAUGAUGACGCCAUCACCCUCAUCACAAGCCUUUAUCAUGAUGAUGACGCCAUCACCCUCAUCACAAGCCUUUAUCAUGAUGAUGACGCCAUCACCCUCAUCACAAGCCUUUAUCAUGAUGAUGACGCCAUCACCCUCAUCACAAGCCUUUAUCAUGAUGAUGACGCCAUCACCCUCAUCACAAGCCUUUAUCAUGAUGAUGACGCCAUCACCCUCAUCACAAGCCUUUAUCAUGAUGAUGACGCCAUCACCCUCAUCACAAGCCUUUAUCAUGAUGAUGACGCCAUCACCCUCAUCACAAGCCUUUAUCAUGAUGAUGACGCCAUCACCCUCAUCACAAGCCUUUAUCAUGAUGAUGACGCCAUCACCCUCAUCACAAGCCUUUAUCAUGAUGAUGACGCCAUCACCCUCAUCACAAGCCUUUAUCAUGAUGAUGACGCCAUCACCCUCAUCACAAGCCUUUAUCAUGAUGAUGACGCCAUCACCCUCAUCACAAGCCUUUAUCAUGAUGAUGACGCCAUCACCCUCAUCACAAGCCUUUAUCAUGAUGAUGACGCCAUCACCCUCAUCACAAGCCUUUAUCAUGAUGAUGACGCCAUCACCCUCAUCACAAGCCUUUAUCAUGAUGAUGACGCCAUCACCCUCAUCGCAAGCCUUUAUCAUGAUGAUGACGCCAUCACCCUCAUCACAAGCCUUUAUCAUGAUGAUGACGCCAUCACCCUCAUCACAAGCCUUUAUCAUGAUGAUGACGCCAUCACCCUCAUCACAAGCCUUUAUCAUGAUGAUGACGCCAUCACCCUCAUCACAAGCCUUUAUCAUGAUGAUGACGCCAUCACCCUCAUCACAAGCCUUUAUCAUGAUGAUGACGCCAUCACCCUCAUCACAAGCCUUUAUCAUGAUGAUGACGCCAUCACCCUCAUCACAAGCCUUUAUCAUGAUGAUGACGCCAUCACCCUCAUCACAAGCCUUUAUCAUGAUGAUGACGCCAUCACCCUCAUCACAAGCCUUUAUCAUGAUGAUGACGCCAUCACCCUCAUCACAAGCCUUUAUCAUGAUGAUGACGCCAUCACCCUCAUCACAAGCCUUUAUCAUGAUGAUGACGCCAUCACCCUCAUCACAAGCCUUUAUCAUGAUGAUGACGCCAUCACCCUCAUCACAAGCCUUUAUCAUGAUGAUGACGCCAUCACCCUCAUCACAAGCCUUUAUCAUGAUGAUGACGCCAUCACCCUCAUCACAAGCCUUUAUCAUGAUGAUGACGCCAUCACCCUCAUCACAAGCCUUUAUCAUGAUCAUGACGCCAACACCCUCAACACCAGCCUCCAUCUCAAGCCUGCUCCCGCUUGCUCGCUCUUGCUGCUCUUCCUCCUCGUUCUGCAGGAUCCUGGACCUCCGUCCUCAUUCCUCAUGUAUGCCGGCACAGUGGGCACCAUCAUCGCCAACAACUUCAUCACGGACUUUCAAUUCGGGGCUGUGCAGUGCGGCAUGGGCGACGGGAACGUGGCGGAUUGCAUGCUCAACACGAUUCAGGACAACCUCAUCACGGCAGAGAGUACCAUCUACCCCGUGCCGAAUGGGGACGGGUCCGGAAUUUACUACGACCUGCACUGGUACAACCCUGGUGCGUCCCUUCCUGCUGGGUGGACGGAUACGGUUUGA